AUGGACAACCUUCAGGCUUUCGGUUCCACCACUCCCUUCGCGGAGCCUCUGUGGUACUCCCGCACGGACAAUCCCAAUUACACUGAAAGCCACAGGCGUCUACGCCAGGCCAUCCGCCACUAUGUCGACAACGAAAUAGUCCCAUUCAUAUCUGAGUGGGAGGAGAAGGGUGUUGUUCCGCCAAAUGUUCUCAAAAGGCAUUCUGACCUGGGAUACACAGCCGUGGCGCUUGACCCCCAUGCCUUGGGGAAGUAUCUUCCAGACAAGGCCGUCCUACCAGGCGAUGUCGCGGCAAGCGAUUGGGACAGCUUCCAUGACCUCAUCGCGAUGGACGAGUUGGCACGCUGCGGAUCGCUUGGGGUCAUCUGGGCUCUAGGGUGCGGCAACUCAAUCGGCUGUCCUCUUGUGAUCAAAUUUGGAACUGAGGAGCAAAAGUCUCAGUGGCUGCCACCUGUAGUCCGAGGCGAGGCGAGGUUUUCCUUGGGUUGCACCGAACCACAAGCCGGAUCCGAUGUUGCUGGAAUCGUGACCACAGCUGAGCAGAAGGGCAAUGUGUUCGUGGUCAACGGCACAAAGCACUGGGUCACUAACGGCAUGACCGCGGACUACUGCACAGCAGUAGUCCGGACGGGCGUUGUCGGAAGGGAUGGAAUCUCCGUAUUAGUGAUUCCCCUCAACUCGAAAGGUGUGACCCGGAGCGAAAUCCACAACUCUGGUGUCGAGUUGAGCGGUUGCGCGUCCCUCAAAUUUGACAACGUAGAGGUACCUGUCGGGAACAUAAUCGGCGAAGUGAAUCGGGGUUUCAAACUCGUUAUGACAUGCUUCAACCACGAGCGUCUCUGGAUCGCAACAAAUUGCCUUCGGCUGGCUCGGGUAUGCGUCGAAGACGCAUAUCAGCACGCACUCACCCGCCAGACAUUUGGGAAGCCGCUGAUCGAGCGCCAGCUCAUCCGACUCAAGUUCGCCAACGUUGGUAUGCAGGUCACGAGUACGUAUGCACUGAUCGAGUCGCUCGUCCAGCUUUGGAAUAGAGCUCGCUUGCAAGGCGGCGAUGAUACUUCCACGCCCGUCGGCGGCCUAUGCGCGAUGACCAAGGUCAAUGCCGCGAGGGCUCUCGAGCUCGCGGUGAGAGAAAGCCAGCAGAUUAUGGGCGCGUUGGGGUACACCCGUGGUGGGCCUGGGGGCCGCAUCGAGCGGAUCAGCAGGGACAUGCGUGUUCUUGUCAUUGGCGGAGGCAGUGACGAGAUAUUGAGUGAAAUGUGUCUCAUGCAAGAAAGCAAGGAUUUGCAGAGGAUCAUGGCUUCAUCUCUAUCCUAA